CCACAUUAACAGCCGACUGAGCCGUGCGGACUGGUUUCACCGAGCGGACUGAAUUAUCUUGCUAAAGAGUGAGGGGAAACCAGACCAGAAAUUAUGGAUUUUAUUUAACUUGCCCAACAGUUUCCGGAGCCGCUGACGCCGUUUGGCCCCCAAAAGAGGACGCCAACUGAUACUUGUAGCGAACAGUCCGGGGCUAAAUUAACGUCUCGGCGUCAUCCUCCAGCGGAUCACCCGGCGACACAUUGAAGAUUUCGCAGCCUGCGUUUUGCCCUCCUUGAGCCGGGUCAGCGUCACGGCCACCCGCCGGGAGAUUCCCCCGAUGAAGUGAAGACAUGCAGGCCGCAGAGCAGCGCUGACAGGCCAGACUCUGGUUUAACACCAGCAUGGAGUCUUCCUCUGAGUCCCAGCAGGAGCCCGAGAAAACUUUGCACCAUGCAGAGUUCAGAGAGCAUCAUGCCGCCUCCGCUGCUGCAGUGAGCGGUGAUGACCCUGUCCUUCUGACCCCAGGCAGGAUGAGCCAGCGCCAGGGGAAGGAGCGGGACAAGGAGAGGGAGAAGGAGGGAGGCCUCCACACCCCCAACAGGGAGCACGUCGCCACCCCCUCCUCCCUCAGCCCAGGGGUCAGCUACAGCCACGGCUUCGAGAGGGGGAAAGAGGAGCUCUUGCCACUACCUUUGAAAGAGGACUCGCAUUCCAUAUCUAAGAGCAAGUCUGAAACGAAGCUGUACAAUGGCUCGGACAAGGACGUGUCGGCAUCCGGAGGGAAGCUCACCAAGAAGGAAUCCCUUAAGGUGCAGAAGAAGAACUACAGGGAAGAGAAGAAGAGAGCCACCAAGGAGCUGCUCAGCACCAUCACCGACCCCUCCGUCAUCGUCAUGGCCGACUGGCUAAAGAUCCGCGGCACUCUGAAGAGCUGGACCAAGCUUUGGUGUGUGCUGAAACCAGGCGUCCUGCUCAUCUACAAGACCCACAAGAACGGCCAGUGGGUGGGAACGGUGCUGCUCAACGCCUGCGAGCUGAUCGAGAGGCCCUCCAAGAAGGACGGCUUCUGCUUCAAGCUCUUCCACCCGCUCGAGCAGUCCAUCUGGGCCGUCAAGGGUCCCAAAGGCGAGGCCGUGGGCUCCAUCACUCAGCCGUUACCCAGCAGCCACCUCAUCUUCCGGGCCGCCUCCGAGUCCGACGGCCGGUGCUGGAUGGACGCCUUGGAGCUGGCCCUGAAGUGCUCCAGUCUGCUGAAGAGGACGAUGAUCCGCGAGGGGAAGGAGGACAUGAGCACCACAGCCACGGGCGGCGAGCACUCCAUCAACUUCUACAGCCUCCUGCGAGCCCACAACAUGCAGGGCUUCCAGUUCAACGACAGCGACCAGUUCAAAGACCCGGACCUGUACUCUGACAAGUCGGACCGGGAGGGCGAGCAGGACCACGAGGAGUCGGACCCCGAAGGCCUGGAGAAGAGCGAGGAGAGCGACAGCGACACGUCGGAGCGCCAGGACGACUCGUACAUCGACCUGGACCCCAACGAGAACGUGCGGGAAACCCCUUACCUGGAACAGUCCCACGAAGAGUUGGGAGAGGCCGGCGAGGCGUCCCAGACGGAGACGGUGUCAGAGGAGAACAAGUCGCUGAUCUGGACUCUGCUGAAGCAGGUCCGGCCCGGCAUGGAUCUGUCCAAGGUGGUGCUGCCCACCUUCAUCCUGGAGCCUCGCUCCUUCCUCGACAAACUCUCCGACUACUACUACCACGCCGACUUCCUGUCCGAGGCUGCAGUCGAAGAGAACGCCUACAACCGGAUGAAGAAGGUGGUGAAGUGGUACAUCUCCGGAUUUUACAAAAAGCCAAAGGGGCUGAAGAAGCCGUACAACCCCAUCAUUGGAGAGACGUUUCGCUGCAUGUGGCUCCACCACAAGACCAACAGCAAGACCUUCUACAUCGCAGAGCAGGUAUCCCAUCAUCCUCCUGUGUCGGCCUUCUACGUCAGCAACAGGAAGGACGGGUUCUGCCUCAGUGGCAGCAUCCUGGCCAAGUCCAAGUUCUACGGGAACUCCCUGUCGGCCAUAUUGGACGGAGAGGCUCGGCUCACCUUCCUCAACCGGGGCGAGGACUACGUCAUGAACAUGCCUUACGCCCACUGUAAAGGCAUCCUGUACGGCACCAUGACGCUGGAGCUGGCCGGUCAGAUCACCAUCACAUGCGAGAAGACCGGCUACAGCGCUCAGCUCGAGUUCAGACUCAAGCCGAAGCCGUUCCUGGGCAGCAGCGACAGCGUCAAUCAGGUUUCCGGAAAGAUCAAGCUGGGGAAGGAGGUGCUGGCCACGCUGGAAGGACACUGGGACAGCGAGAUCUUCAUCAAUGACAAGAAGACGGGGACGAUGGAAACUUUCUGGAACCCGACACCGGAGCUGAGGCAGAGCCGGCUGACGCGCUGCACCGUCCCGCCGGAGGAGCAGGGGGAGUUUGAAUCAGAGAGGCUGUGGCAGCACGUGACCCGGGCCAUCAACAACAAGGACCAGACCGAGGCCACCAACGAGAAGUUCAUUCUGGAGGAGGCGCAGAGGAAAUCGGCCCGCGAGCGCAAGGCCAAGUGCGAGGAGUGGGCCCCCGCGCUGUUCGAGCAGGACCCCGUCACCGGAGAGUGGCAUUACAAAUAUGCCGACACGAGGCCGUGGGAUCCGCUCAACGACCUGAUCCAGUUUGAGAAAGACGGCUGGAUCCAGACCAAGGUCCGACACCGCACCCCUAUGGUACGUUCUGGCAGUCUUAUUAGUCUGAGUAACCAGGGGCCGCGGAGGGACAAUUGCAAGUGCCAGGUCACGGGGCCGAAGAGGAAACACAAACAGAGCGACAAGCCUAAGAGCCCGGAGAGCGGCUGCUCCUCACCUGAACCCGACCGCCAAGACUCGUCUGGCAGCGAGCGACACAAAAGCAAGCACAACAGUCGGCUCAGGAAAAAAGGAGCGGACCUCAGCGAACUUCAAAGUGCCAUUGAGUCCAUAAAGCAGACGCAGGAGGACAUCAACAGGAGCAUCAGCGUGCUGCGGAGUCGUGCGGCGGGCCAGGCGGAGGGCGGCUCCUUCCUCCAGCAGCGCGACUACGCCAUCAUCAUCUUCCUCAUCUUCCUUCAGGUCCUCAUCAACUUCCUGUUCAAGUAGCAGCCAUAAGACAGAGUGACGCCCUCUCUCACACACACACACACACACACACACACACACACUGAACAUACGGCGUCACAGCAGGGGGGGGACCUUCCAGACUUGAACUUUGACCUCUCUCCAUGUGAUUACGGCAGCCUCCUCUGACUCUUUCUCUCUGUCUCUAAGCCCAACACUGCCCCCUGCAGGGCAGCAGCGGCAACACGUCCAGAAAAGCCGGCACCUCCCAAACAAAAAGAGACGUUUUUAAACUCGUAUUUAUUUUUAGCCUCUACUUGCCGGUCCUGUCACAAACUCUGGAGAGAUCCACGAAUUUCAAAGCGAAGGGGAGCGGAGAUCGGCGGCAGGACAUCGACGAUUCGAAUGUGAGAGAGUUUUGAUGUGAUGAAGUCCGGACUGCCGCCCUGAAGGCCGUCAGUCUGCCUUGAAGUCAAAGGCAAAGCCCGCCGAUUAAUUUUUUUUGUUUGUUUUUUCUCAUGGACUGAAACUGCUCUCUUUAUUCACAUUUCACCUCACUCCCACACAGGGAACAUUUUAACACAGACUUCAAUGAAAAUACCUUUAAUUUUAUGCUUUUUUUUUUUUUUUUUUUUUUUAAAUAUUGUUUUGUUUCUUUGCUUGGUGUGUCCUUUGUGAGUAGAGUUCUACUUGAAAAAAAAAAAAAGAGCGGAUAAGGGAGAGAGAAGAAAAUAAGUGGUCCAAUUUAUGUGACUUUUUAUUAUUUUUUUAUUAUCAGACACUUUCAUAUUUGGCUCGAAGGUGGACGACAAGGAGGACGACAACUCAACGAGUGAUUAUAUAUCGUCAGAGGAACUGAAGCUAUAAGUCCUGCUGUAAAAUAACACUCCUUUCACCUUUUGCAUAUGAGGUCGAUGUUUAAAAAAAAAAACAAAAAAAAAAGACGAGCCAGAUGUUUGACACAGUUUCACUGUAUAGGUAGCAUGUACAGUCAGAGGAGCGUGGUCAGGAUAUUAACCAUACAUAUAUAUAUUAUUAUUAUUAUAUAAAUAUAUAUUGUCUUAAGGCACAAACGCACUGGAAACGACGCAUGUUUGCAUUUUCGAAAGGCCGUCGUGGUUUUGAAAGGCUUGGUAUGGAUGUUGAAGCAUCAAAUGAAGCGAAUCAUGUUUCUUUAGCUGAAAUAAUCCCUAAUCCCUGCUGUUAAAUAAAAGAACGUAGUAGAAGUUUUUAAUCAGUUAGAGUUAAUGAGAAUAAGCCAAGACAUGGAUGUGGCACAGCUAAGUAACACAGUCCAAAGGUGCCCUGUAAUACCUGACAUCAGUCUGGUGCAGGAAAUUGAAAAAGCAGCAUCCAGUUCACCCAAAAUACAAAAAUAAAUAGAUAAAUAAAUACUUUCCCACUCACCCAUAGUGCAGUUUAUCCAUCCAGAUGGUUGCAUCCCUUAGAUUUGCAAUCAUCACCCGCCACUGUGAGAUGUUCUUGAGGGGAAAAAAAAAAAAGUGAAAAAGUCGUCAGCAACAUCUCUUUCUAAAAACAAUGACAGAGAUGCACAACGUAACCCACAUCCCUCAGGGGCGAGCAGUUUAUGUUGCAGAAAACCGGCAAAAUGUAUUAAUGCACUCAAGAAAAUCCCAGGAAAAUCAUUAGAGACUGGAAACUUUGCCAAAUCGCAUAGAAACAUGGAUGGAUUGCACUGGAAGUAAGUGGGACCAUAUCUUUGAUUUCCCAUCAUCAUUAUUAUCAUUAUUAUUUUGAAGGACUUGUUCCUUACAUGACAUUUAAACUGUAAGCUAAGACAUGGAUGCAUCUGAUUAAUGUAAUCCAGCUACCUACCAUGGAACCUACCAGGAAACAAAUUUUCCGAUGAAAGGAUGAAACUGAAGUAGUGACCAGUUGGUCUCCAGAUGUUAAAACCCGACAGCAGGACGGGUCACGGAGGAGAAACCGGCGAAGUGCAGCCGCGCUUUGCUUCCAGUGCGUUUGGGCCUCCGAUGUUCCUUGGACAAGUAGAGUUAGACACUUUAGUAAGACAUUAGAGGGAGGAGAAGAUAGACUUUUUCUAAUUAAUACUGUCACCAUUGUAAGCCAUUCCAAACUGACGUACGUAGGUACCAGCCAAACUUCGGUGUGUAGAGUAGGAGCCCGUCCCGGCCCCACUGUGUAAAUAUCCGACGGGACGGCUCGCCUCCCUGCGAGUUAGCGCGUGGCGUUUUCAACGUGAAGUUUUUCGCAAUACAGACACUCCCGCGCUCUGUGCACAAGCCAGUCUCUUGAACCCUGUGUGUCUUUCUGUCCACCGCUCUUCAGAUACACAUGGAGAUG